GGGCGGGGGGAGUCGCGGCGAGUGGAUGCCCGGCGGGCACCGCCGGGGCACAGACCCGCGGACGCCAUGGGCUGCUGCAGCUCCGCCGCGCAGAGCUCCAAGCGAGAGUGGAAGCCUCUGGAGGACCACAGCUGCACAGAUGUACCAUGGCUGCUCUUAUUCAUCCUCUUCUGCAUAGGAAUGGGUUUUAUUUGUGGCUAUUCAAUAGCUACAGGAGCAGCUGCAAGACUGCUUUCAGGAUAUGACAGUUAUGGAAAUAUUUGUGGACAGAAAAAUGUCAAGGUGGAGGGAAUAGUCAACAGUGGUCUGGACCUUACACACAAGAAGUAUGUAUUCUUCUUGGAUCCAUGCAAUAUCGAUAUAGUACAUCAGAAAAUCAAGUCUCUUGCCUUGUGUGUAUCAGCUUGCCCAAGGAAAGAACUAAAAACUCUGGCUGAUAUUCAGAAAUUUGCAGAAACUAAUGGAUCUACUCUGUGUAGCUAUGAACUGCAGUCAUCAGAAUAUACUACAGACCCAAGGGCUGCCAAGUUAUGUCCUAAAUAUCCUGUUCCAGAGAGUGCACCUAUUCCAUUCUUCCAUCGCUGUGCUCCUGUGAACAUUUCCUGCUAUGCCAAGUUUGCAGAGGCCCUGAUCACCUUUGUCAGUGACAGUAGUGUCUUACACAGGCUGAUUAGUGGAGUUAUGACCAGCAAAGAGAUUAUAAUGGGACUUUGCUUGUUAUCACUAGUGUUGUCCAUGAUUUUGAUGGUUAUAAUAAGGUACAUUUCAAGAGUACUUGUCUGGAUUGUAACAAUUCUUGUCAUUCUGGGAUCGCUUGGUGGUACAGGAGUCCUGUGGUGGCUCUAUGCUAAGAAACGAAUGUCUGCCAGUGCUCUUGAGACUCAAAUAGCCAAAGACAAUCUUCAGGCUCUCUUGAUCUAUGCCAUUGCAGCUACAGUCUUCACGGUUAUCUUAUUCUUGAUCAUGUUAAUAAUGCGCAAAAGAGUAGCUCUCACCAUUGCCUUGUUCCACGUGGCCGGCAAGGUCUUCAUUCACCUGCCACUGCUAGUCUUCCAGCCAUUUUGGACAUUCUUUGUGCUUAUCCUCUUCUGGGCAUACUGGAUCACAGUCCUGCUUUUCCUUGGUACUACAGGUAGUCCUGUCCCAAAUGAAGAAGGAUUUGUCGAAUUUCGGAUGGUAGGUCCUUUGAAAUACAUGUGGUGGUACCAUGCAGUAGGACUCAUCUGGAUCAGCGAGUUUAUCCUAGCCUGUCAGCAGAUGACAGUAGCAGGGGCUGUUGUGACAUACUAUUUUACAAGGGAGAAAAGAAAUCUGCCAUUUACUCCUAUUCUGGCAUCUGUUAAUCGCCUUGUUUGUUACCACCUAGGAACAGUAGCAAAGGGGUCUUUCAUUAUCACACUAGUGAAGAUACCACGAAUGAUUCUAAUGUAUAUUCAAACACAACUCAAAGGAAAAGAAAAUGCUUGUGCUCGCUGUAUGCUUAAAGCCUGCAUCUGCUGCCUUUGGUGUCUAGAAAAGUGCCUGACAUACUUAAAUCAGAAUGCAUACACAGCCACAGCUAUCAACAGCACCAAUUUCUGCACCUCAGCAAAGGAUGCCUUUGUUAUCCUGGUGGAAAACGCUUUGCGAGUGGCUGCCAUAAACACAGUUGGAGAUUUUAUGCUGUUCCUAGGAAAGGUCCUGAUUGUCUGCAGCACAGGUUUGGCCGGCGUUAUGUUGCUGAAUUACCAACGAGAUUACACCAUCUGGGUGCUGCCACUCAUCAUUGUCUGCCUCUUUGCAUUCCUGGUUGCUCACUGCUUCCUUUCUAUUUAUGAAAUGGUUGUUGAUGUCCUUUUCUUAUGUUUUGCCAUCGAUACAAAAUACAACGAUGGGAGUCCUGGGAGGGAAUUCUACAUGGAUAAAGUUCUCAUGGAGUUUGUGGAGAAUAGUAGGAAAUCUAUGAAGGAAGCUGGCCGGGGAGGUGGAGCUGAGAGCAGAGAGCUAAAACCAAUGGCCUCUGGAGCAAGUUCAUCUUGAAACUAGCCAGCCAUAUUGGAACCCAUUGACAUUCCAAAACAGUAUAUAUAUACAUAUAUACAUAUAUAUAUAUAUAUAUAUAAAUAAACAGCCAAAAUCAGAGAAAAGGAACAGGGAUUUAAAACUUUUUUUAACAAUUAUUUUUGUGAAACAUGUACUCUUUUCAUACGGGUGGCUUUUACAAGCAGCUUUAUCAUUGUUCCGUUUCUUAAAUUAUUGAUUGUGGUCAUGGAAAUGUUGAUUCUUAUCUGCUUGGUAUUUUACAAUCUGGAGGAGGUAUCGUUGUAAAGAUAAUCUGAAAUCAUGACUGGGUUUAGAGACAGAUUUCCCAUGACAUUGCUAAUCUGCUGAGACUUUUACUUGUUUAGUUUCUUUUCAAUUUGCAUUAAAUUUGGGACAGUCACAUGUACAGAAAACCUUGAAAUCAAGAAAAGUCUUAAAUUUAGUUUUUCAGAAGGUGGUUUCAGUGAGAAUUCAUUCAGUUCAAAUUGGUUUGUAAGCAGUUAUUUUACUUUACAACCCUGGCAGGGCACAGUUUUGUUUACCAGUAUCAGACAUCUCAAUAACCAACUCCUCAGGUAUUCAGGUGUGUGGGAGCCCUUGCAUCUCCUAUUAAACAGAACCUACAAAAUGGGGACAGAUAAUUUUUAUAUGCAAUCAACUUCCUGCUUUACCCUACUUGCCCCUCAUACCCGUUGCCCUCUAUCCUCCCCUUGAGUUCAGUAACCUCCUUCACACUUCAGCAGUGUUCCUUUGAAGGGUAUGGAUUCUGCAUAUGGGCAAUUGAAAUAACAGAUUGUUAAAGCUCAGUCUUAGCCAUACUCAUGAUUAAUUCAUGACUAGAUACAAAGAUGCUGAGGAGGGGAAGAGAAAUGAACUGUACUACUGUACAUAAAAAAGUACUGUAUGCUUCAUUUCAUUUAAUGUCAGAGAGCUCUGGGAGGUAGAAGGGAUCAUUCCUUGCCUGUUGUUUGAUCCAUAUAUGUAUGUACUGUAGUGGGUGGCUAAAACGGGAAAGGGCAGAGAAACAUUUCUUUGGAAGUGUAGCUGCCAGGAUCUGAAGUUAUUAAAUAAUGACAAGAGAACAUGCUUUUUUAUUAUUAGUAGUAGUACAAAAUUUCUUUUCAGUCUGGAAGCUCGCCAGAUAUGAAUGCUAAUAUUCAAUUAUUCAACUUAUUGUAAUGGUAAAUGCUUAAGUGUAUUUGCUAAGAAUUCAUGAUCUGUCUAUGCUAUAUAUUCCUUUUGUUACAAUUUUUUUAAGAAAACUAUUUUUGUUAAUGUAAAGUUAAUAUUUCAGAGCAGAAUUUUUAAACUUAUUGCACUAAAUACAAGCUCUCUACAAAUAAACGAUGCCUCAAUGGUACGAUCACUCCAUUCAAGAAAAUCUUUUGAAAGAGAAAAGUCUUUCUACAGAAGCUUUGUAAUGGAGUAGAGAGGUAUGUCUAGGUAGAGACAUGCACAACUCAUGUUAUCAAGGUUUAGUAAAUAAGCAGUUAUUUGUGCUUCCUGUCAGAGGAUCAGACUUCCAAAUCGCUGCUGAAGAUUUAAACAAUUAUGUAGUAUCAUGUAGCUAACUAGUGCUCUUAUCUUUUGGCAAUAGUAAAAUAUUUCACUUUUGCUUCCAGAAGGCAUUUGAUAGCUUAAAUUUGGUAGGUUUUCUUUCGGUAAGCCAGUUAAAAGAAGGAUUUACACUUUUCAUAUCACAGACCCCAAACUAUGUGAGAGGUGUGAAAAUAAAGGUACAUGUAGAAAGGAUAGCUGCUGGGGAGGCAGAGAGACAGAAUUACUCAGUCCUGGAAGCACUUAGACACUCAUUUAAGUGAACCAUAUCAGUACCUCCACUAACAUCAGAAGGGCUCUCUAAGUAUUGAAGUUGUAACUUACACAUCUGUGUAAGUGCUAACUGGGCUAGAGCUUCAACCUAGGGAUUCAGACUGGAGCACUGGUGAGGCCUCUCAGUGCAAGUUAGAGGUCAGACUUGCCUAGAAGAAGCACUGGAGCAGUCUUACUUUUGUGGAGGGGAGACCUUCCUGCUGUACCAGUGUCUAAGACAGCAGUGGCUCUCAACACCAAUAUUUGUGUAGAUCAGGAGGGUUUAACCACGCCAGAAAUUUAAAAACUGGCUUAGAUGAAUCCUAGAAACUGGAUUCCAAGGCUAAAAGACUUAUCGAGUACUACCCAGUUGCUUCCAGAAAAAUUAAUUUUCUUCUUGUUUGGAGGCUAUUGGAGGUGCUUAAUCAAAGAAGCCUUGUAUUCUGCGCAUUUUGAUAAAAAAGUUCUGCCACGACUGAUCCCACAAGUUUGUGUUCCCUGCUCACUGGAAGUCCUGAGUGGGGACUUUUCUCUGUAAUUGCAACUAGGACUGCAGUUGGAAACAAAUUUUGUAUUUUUGUAUUACUUGACUGUGCACCAUUUUUAUAGCAGUUUAUCCUGUCUUAAAAAUAAAUUUGUUUUAUUUACAUGGUGUUUAUAAAAUUGUGUGCACCACUCUUGAGUGUAUAUCUGGCAUGCAGAGCUUUUAAGUCAUGCCAAAAAGGCAUUCCAUCCACAUGCAGAUUUUCCAGUGGCCCUUUAAAGCUUUUGAAUGUCCUUUGAAGUUCAUUUGCAACCAAACUACAAGCUGCCCUCUUCCAGCCCUGUCUUGUGCAGGGAGAUAAGCAGAAGACAGAGUUCUGAAGAGACAACUUUUCAGGAGAAAUUGAGACUCUGCUUUCCUGUCCUAGUGGGGAUAGCGGAGUGAGAGGACACUUUGGCAUGUAAAUUGCUAUAGAAAUGUUGGCAGUAGGGGUGCUGGGCUCUGCCAGUUGUGAUGGAUUCAAUACUUUUUUUUUGACUGUUGGUUAUUAAAGCCAGUAUGUGGACUGCUUUGUGGGAAGCAGUCUAGACUAACUAGAGAGCGAUGCUGCAGCAAGAAUAACAAUGCAGGAGGAGCAAGAUGAGACAGCUGAAACAGAGAAAUCAUCUCCUUGGCAAGUCAAUUGAACCAAGUACUGCUUGAGGACUGGAGAUUUAGACUGGACAAUCUGGGUUUAGAAACAAUCAGUGGGAUUACCAGUUCCCAGCCGUUGGUUUCCGCAGAUGGUCUGUAUCAUAGCCUCAGACCAGCUAGGUUACAAAGGGAAAAAAGUAUACAAUUCUUUAAAUUGCUAAAAUUUUUACACAUUAUUUUACUCACUGUUUUAUUUGGAAGUUGAACAGCAGUGUGUAAUCUUUAUUGCUUCUUCCAGCCCUGGAGGAUUUAUUUUUUGUGUUCUUUUAGGUCUCAUUUCUGUAUUGCUCUUUCAGUAAAGGAGUGCCAAGUGGCAGUGUCAGCUCCCCUUUGUCCCACUGAUCUUACCACAUUCCCUCUCACCUUCCUGAGGCAGUGAUUUAGGAUAUCACCUGGACAAUGAGAGGGGGAGUAGGUGCUGAGCUAAAGUCCUAAGAUAGGAUUUUUUUUUUUAUGAUAUCACUCCAUCACUGUGUUAGAAGUGCAACCCAUCUCUUCCGCAGUUUCACUGCUGUUCCACAGCUAGGCUAAAUGCUAUGGCCAGCUUAGAAUUGCAUCUUCAACCUUCUCGUAACUCCCAGCUGCCUAAAACAGGAUGGGGUUUUAAAUGUGGCCUUAGCUUGGCAUAGUAACUGAAGGACUUUCUGCAUUAGGGAGAGGGGAGAACUAACAGUGGAAAACCCAGUUAAAAUGCUGUGGUGGGUUGACCCUGGGCUGUCAUGUAAGCUGCUACUCUGUUGCUUGCUCAGACCCCACAGAAGGAUGGGAGAGAGCAGUGAAAGGACAAAAAGCGCUGUUAUAAAGGCAGUUCAUUAAGUAAGAGAAAAAAAGAAACCCAAGUGAUACAAAGGCAAUCACUUACCAUCUCCCACCAGCAGACAAUGCCCAGCCAAUCUCCAAGCAGUGGCUACUUUGGAACCACCCCAGGUUUAUAGCUGAGUAUGACCUUAUUUGUUAUGGAAUAUUUCUUCAGUCUGUUCAGGUCAGCUGUCCUGGCUGUGCACCCUCUCACCUCUUUGGCCAACUCCAACCUACUCUGCUGGAGUAGCAGAGUGACAAACAGAGAAGGCCAUUCACCCUGUGCAAGCACUGCUCAGCAACAGGUAACAUUGAUAACAUUGUGUUAUCAAACACUCCUUUGGUUGCAGAUCUGUAACACAGCACCUUGUAGGUUGCUGUGAAGGAAAUUAACUCCAUCCAGCCUAACCCAGUACACAGGUCCACUUACCCAGUAGUUAAUCCAAGACUUGCUCCCUGCAUUUCUGUACAGCAUCUUCUCAGGGUGGUUACUUCUUUCUGAAAGGGCUUUUUUUGCAGCAGGCAAUUAGCCUGCUCCACAGUGCUCCCUUUCAUGGAGGGAGCAGGGGAUGUUAGCUCUUACUCUUUCAGCACAUAAUGGGGAUAUAACGCAAAAAUGAGCCCUUUCUGUAUCAGUGUUCUGGCAAUUGAGCAGCCAGUGUUGGAGACAACGUAUUUAAUGUGCCCUCAGGGCAUGCACUUUAGCAGUUUGCUCUGAGUGGUUAUGAUGUAUUCUAUGAAUGUAUGUUAUAGAGUCAGAAUAAAAUGCAUGUAGCAGACAUAUACUUGUCAUCCAGUGAGCAUUUGAUUCAGAGUGCAUAUUACAUGCUAUAUUGAACAUGGCACAGUCGUUUUGAGAAACAAUCGUAAGAUUUAUAAGUAGGUACCUGACAGCAUUCCUGUUUUUUAAAUCAUGGCUUUGCCUGUGCAGAUAAUGUUUACUAAAUCUAAGUAUCAGUAGCCCAUUGUUUCUUGAACAGCUUGUGUGUCACAUUAUCAACACAGAAAUCCUAUUUCAUCUUUGUGAAAAAAAAAACAAAAAACACCAACCUUGUGUUUCCCAACACAAGACCCAACAGACUUAUUUGAAGCAUUUCUUGCACUCAGCUUCUUUGUUGAGAUGAUGAAAGUUUACUCUAAAUAUGUCAUUUCCAAAUGGUUUUUCAACUAUUUCAUCUCGGCUGUUAUUUCCAUCACAUAACAAGAUUAUGGAAACUAGUAAAUCUAUAUUUCUUGUGUUCUGUAGCGAAUACUGUUCUCAAGGUAUUUUUUUCUUUUAUAUUUAAAGAAGUGAGAGAAGAGAUGAAACUUAUCUCUUGUGAUAUGGGUCACGUAUAAAAGGCAGAAUUUCUGGUCUGGGAUGGAGCUGUGAUGUGUCUUGCAAUGUUCGCAAGCUGAUGCAAUCAAGCCGAAGCUCCUCAGAGACUUUAGGAUUAUGAAAACAUUCCUAGGGACAAUUGGUAGCAUGAAUCAAUCUGAAAAUACCCAUUUGGAGGCUAAACUAUUGGAGGCAUUCAUUUGGCAGAGAUCUGCUAAAAGGGAACUAGCAGAAAACCAGCAAACACCCAUCAGAUUCUACUCCCCUGUCUCAGUGAGGUCAGGUCAUUGAAUGUGAGCGUGAUGAGCAGAAUUCGGUGUUUUAAGCGUUUGGUACUUUUCUACAGAAACGUAGGACUCCACUUAGAAUGAAAGUUGGGAGAAUUCAGAGCAAAAGUACCAGCUGACUUGAACAGAACUGGUCUUAUUUCAGUAAUGUUAAAGACAGCUAUGACCUUUCUAAGUAUGUGGCAGCAUAGGUAGCUGCAAUUCCUCAAGUGGACAACCUCUGUGGCUUGAGUGGAAAUAGGGACAGCUAGGGAAUUAUUCCAGAAACACUUGGUGAGAUUAGCAAUUUUGACUACUUGUGAAACCCAGCAGAAAUUGAGCACUGACGUUUCCACCGAGGUCACAGUUUUUAACUCUCAAAUACCAUGUGUGGUCCAUGUUAGUAUUAAUUGGGUCCCUCCCUGCUGCUCAAACCGAAAAGGAAGAAUAUCUCUCAUUUGGAAAACAGUGCUGCAGACAAUGCUGUAGUGCGUCCUGGGGGAGUGAGCGAGUAGAAAAUAGAAAGGUGGCUUUGUUUCUAAUGUGGGCUAGAAAGCAGAGGCCAAAGGUUAGGUGGAGCCAUGGAGAGUAGGAUUUCACAGGUAGAAAAUAUUCUGCAGAAUCUUCACAAUAGUUAAGGAAAUUCGUGUUCCAAUUCAGACAUCUCACAGCAACAUCCCCUGUGUCCUGCUUUUAUUUUGCCAUGGAGCUCUUCAGAGCAAAAAUGAAGGUGGAAUCUAUACCUAUAGAAAAGAAUUAUUUCUGUAUGAUGGAUUGUGUUGCUGAUUACAGAAACUACCCUAAGGAAAAUCUUCUGAACAUAUUUUAAAGGCUUGACAGUACUUGCAUUGUCAUAGUCCAUCAAAGCUUCAUCUGAAAACGAAUUUUUCAUCCUCCUUCACUCAUACUUUUAACAGGGCAAUCAAAUCCCUGGACUGACUUAGUGAUUUACAUUGAAUCAAGAUCAACUAACAAGUGCUCCUUUUUCCAGUGGAAUGCCACC